AUCAUUUCAAUCACCGAACAAAGAAACAAACUUGAUUGUCUGACAAGAUGCCCUAUUACCAAGUCUAUCAUUCAUACCGUCUUGACCAGGAACAGCGACAGUCAAUCGCUGCCUCUAUCACCGACCUGCACUGCAAGACCUUCACUACACCCUCGUUCUUUGUCCACGUGCAUUUCAUUCAAGAAGAAUCCAGUGCCGGAAACUACUUCUUGGCCGGCACGGCUCACACAGCUACAUCCAACCGCAUCGUCGGCAUCGUACGAACGUCUGCCACUCGACCAAAAUCUGCAUUUGAUGAGCUAGGAGCUCAAAUCGAAGGGGCAUGGUACGAUGCGUUGAAGAUAGCUGCGCCGGUUGACAAGAAGGAGUGGAGCGAAGGUGACGAGAAGAAGCGGUUGACGAUGGUGACGUUUGUGCCCAUGGUUACGAUUCGGGAGGGAGGCAUGGCUAUUCCGGAGGCAGGACAAGAGGGAGGCUGGCUGAAGGGGCAGAUGCCCUAUUUUGAGGAGAUGAGCGGUAAGGGUAUCGCUGAUUUUACAGAUUUGCUAGAGGAGUUGAAGGAGAGGGAUGAUUUGAAGAACCUGCUUCAGUAAUUGAAGGGAGGACAUGACAUACACCUUGCAACCUCUAGCUCACAGAUAAAAUACUCAACAUGUCAUUGAUGAG